GAAGCACCAUCCGCCGACCUUCCUUUUUCCAUUCCUGUAAUCCGUGUGCGUAGGGUGUGCUCUAGCCUUGGCACACAUUUUAUUAUUAUGACACAAACGAGGAGUUAGAGAGCACACGCAGACAUAUUUUUAUAAGAAAAAUAAAAAUCGGUGAAGCAGGAUUUCAUUUGCCAACUCAAGUAACGAGAAAGAAGACCGUUCGAGAAGACGAACGUUAGCAGGUAGCCAUUAGCCUAAUUGUUGAAAGCGUGGGUGACUGACGUCAAAUUGUUAAACAUUAGUAUUCCUCUUAAAUCGCUUUUAUUUUGUUUUAGAAGGAGACGUGGGUUUUUUUUUUGACGCCUCUUUUUUUCGUGCUAAGUUGCUUGGUUGUAUCUAGGCCGCGCGUCGUCUGAAGCUAGCUAGCCCACGUUGCUAAAACUGCGGUGAGGAAUUUUUCCAAUCCUCUCCUUAAAUUCGCUAAUUUCUUUAAAAGCGCGGCAAAGAUCGCACCAGCAUGAAUCCCAGCGCGCCGAGUUACCCGAUGGCUUCCCUGUAUGUGGGAGACCUGCACCCGGACGUGACCGAGGCCAUGUUGUAUGAGAAGUUCAGCCCGGCCGGGCCCAUCCUCUCCAUCAGGGUGUGCAGAGACAUGAUCACCCGCAGGUCGCUCGGUUAUGCUUACGUCAACUUCCAGCAGCCUGCCGACGCUGAGCGUGCUCUUGACACGAUGAACUUCGAUGUCAUCAAAGGUCGACCACUACGUAUUAUGUGGUCUCAGCGUGACCCAUCACUGCGAAAAAGUGGUGUGGGCAACAUCUUCAUCAAAAACCUGGACAAGUCCAUUGAUAACAAGGCCCUCUAUGACACCUUUUCUGCAUUCGGAAACAUCCUUUCCUGCAAGGUUGUUUGUGAUGAAAAUGGCUCAAAGGGUUAUGGCUUUGUGCACUUUGAGACCCACGAUGCUGCUGAGCGUGCCAUUGAAAAAAUGAAUGGCAUGUUACUCAAUGACAGAAAAGUGUUUGUUGGACGCUUUAAGUCACGGAAAGAGAGGGAAGCUGAACUUGGAGCUCGUGCCAGAGAGUUUACCAACGUUUACAUCAAGAACUUUGGCGAAGACAUGGAUGACGAGAAGCUGAAGGAAUUGUUUGACAAAUAUGGAAAUGCUCUCAGUAUCCGGGUUAUGACAGAUGAAAAUGGCAAAUCCAAGGGGUUUGGCUUUGUAAGCUUUGAGAAGCAUGAAGACGCACAAAAGGCUGUCGAUGACAUGAAUGGUAAAGAGCUGAACGGUAGGCAAGUGUACGUGGGCCGUGCACAGAAGAAAGGAGAACGGCAGAAUGAACUCAAGCGCAAGUUUGAGCAGAUGAAGCAAGAUCGCAUGACCAGAUACCAGGGUGUUAAUCUGUACGUGAAGAACUUGGACGAUGGUUUGGAUGAUGAGCGUCUGCGCAAAGAGUUCUCUCCUUUUGGAACCAUAACAAGUGCAAAGGUGAUGAUGGAGGGCGGCCGCAGCAAAGGCUUCGGCUUCGUCUGCUUCUCCUCUCCCGAGGAGGCGACCAAAGCUGUGACAGAGAUGAACGGUCGCAUUGUUGCUACAAAACCACUCUACGUGGCCCUGGCCCAGCGCAAAGAGGAGCGCCAGGCUCAUCUCACCAAUCAGUACAUGCAGAGGAUGGCCACCGUACGCGCUGUGCCCAACCCCAUCCUCAACCCUUACCAGCCUGCUCCACCCUCAGGCUACAUCAUGGCAGCUAUACCUCAGGCACAGAACCGGGCUGCUUACUACUCUGCCAACCAGCUGCCCCAGCUUCGCCCAAGCCCCCGCUGGGCUGCUCAGGGAGUGCGUCCUCAGCAUUUCCAGAACAUGCCCAAUGCUAUGAGGCCAUCUGCUCCUCGCCCCCAGACCUUCAACACCAUCCGUCCCACCACUGCAGCCAACCCUCAGGUCCCUCGAAUGAUGACCUCCCAGCGAAUGCCUACACAGACGCUCAGCCAGCGCCCUACUGGUGCCUCCGCUGCUGCUGCACCAGUGCGUACUAUUCCCACGUACAAAUACGCUGCUGGAGUGCGCAACCCUCAGCAACAUAUGGCUUCCCAGCCUCAGGUCACCAUGCAGCAGCCUGCUGUGCACGUGCAAGGACAGGAGCCCCUGACAGCUUCUAUGUUGGCUGCUGCUCCACCGCAGGAACAGAAGCAGAUGCUGGGUGAGCGUCUGUUCCCCCUGAUCCAAAACAUGCACCCCAGCCUGGCAGGAAAAAUCACCGGUAUGCUGCUUGAGAUAGACAAUUCUGAGCUGCUUCACAUGCUUGAGUCUCCCGAAUCUCUGCGUUCCAAGGUGGACGAAGCUGUCGCUGUGCUUCAGGCCCAUCAAGCCAAAGAGGCUGCUCAGAAGUCCACCACGCCUGCUGGCGUCCCCGCUGUCUAACAAUCGGGAAAUUUGAAACCUGCUUCACCGAUGGAAAAAGAGAAAAAAAAAUAUUAAACAUCGAAAAACCUAAAAUUCUGAAAACAUCGUAAAAAGAUAAAUUAUUUCUGACAAAAAAAAAUGUAAACAAUUGACUGCCAGGUCUAGCAAUGGUUUGACUGGGCCUUGUUUAUGACUAAAAAGAAAAAAAAAUAGCAAAAUGGGUAAAAAAAAAAUUUAAAUUGAAUGCAUUCCUCUAUUUUAUGUCAUUUUACUGUGGGUGCUCUGAAUAUCAGCCGUGCACGGUGCGGUGGGAGCUGAGCGUUUUGAAACGUGAUUUGUAUUGUAAACUACUGGCUGUAAUAAAGUCUCACUCAGUA